AUGCCCCUCUAUAUUCCAAGUGCCACACGACUUAUUGAUGACUAUUUUGCGGAGAACGAGGUAACACCAAGAGAUGCGGUGACUUUCUUUUCCUCUAUGUGGGGGGCUGCUCUCGAUCUCUUGGUGUGUUCUCGUGAAGAAGCUAAUGAAUUUCUUCGUAGAUCAUGUUCUUCUAAUCCCAAAACGGCAGCUGCACUUGAUACUUAUCUUGCUGCAACCAGUGGUCAUCACAUUGCAUGGGAUUUAAAUCGUGCUAAAUUUAUGAUGAUUUGGAUGAAGUAUGAUGUUGAUAAUAGUGGCGACAUCAGCCUUUCUGAAUUAAGAAAGCUUGUAAAGGGACUGAAUUUUCCUGAUGAUCUCUCCAAAAAAAUGAUGGCUACCGUAGAAGCAAGUGGUGGAAGUGUGAAAUAUGCCCCAUUAGAAAAGAUAUACUUUGAACUUACACGACUUAAUGAAUUGGAGUAUGUAUUUAGAGGUAUAACAGGUCCUGGUCGUGAUAACAUGACAAAAGAAGAGUUCUUGGCAUUCCUUCGAGACUCUCAAGGGGAAAAUAUGGAGGCAGAUCAUGAUGAUAUGAUGUUACAAGCUGUAGGUUGUAUUGACUCCAGUGGAAUUGACUUGAAUAAUUUCCUUUUCUUUUUGGCAAACAGUCGUUUUAACAGUAUUGUUGAUCCUGAAAAGGUAUUUAAAGUUUACCAUGAUAUGAAUCAACCUAUUUGUAAUUACUUUAUCAAUUCUUCUCAUAAUACCUACUUGACAGGAGAUCAAUUAACCAGUAAAUCGUCAACAAGAAUGUAUAAAAAAGCUCUUCUUGAUGGAUGUCGUUGUGUUGAGUUGGAUUGUUGGAAUGGUUUUGGGGGAGAACCAGUGGUGUAUCAUGGAUAUACGAGGACAUCGAAAGUUUCGUUUCGUUCAUGUAUAGAAGUAAUCAAAGAGUAUGCUUUUCAGGUUUCAGAAUAUCCAGUAAUUUUAUCAUUAGAGGUGCAUACAAGUUUGUCACAGCAGGAUCGUAUGGCUGAUAUUAUGUGUGAUAUCUUUGGAGACAUGUUGUUUAAAAGUCCCUGGGGCGCCGGAGAGAAACCAACCUUUGUCUUUUCACCAGAGCAACUUAAGAAAAAAAUCCUCGUUAAAAGCAAACGCGGUGUACACACAGUUAACGGAAUCGGAAUGGAAGUUGAAGAGGAUGAAGACGAGGAGGAGGAUGAGGACGAUUACGUGGAAGAGACAGUAGAAGAGAACAUGGAGGAAAUUGAAUACGAAGAGUUGCCAGUGGAAGACACAUUUAUGCGAAGACGUACCGUUGAUUCACGGAAAGAAUACGAGAGAAUGAAAGAGGAGAAAAAGAAAGACAAGGGAAAGCAUAAAAAAGUAUCUGAAAAGCUUUCCGCAGUCAUUUCAAUUGAAACAGCCGGAUACAAAGGUACAAAGGAUCUCAAAUAUCUUGAGAAUCGACAACCAUAUCACUGUUCCUCCUUUGUAGAAAGCAAAGCCAAAAAAAUUGCAUCAUCUAACUCUGCAGCAUUUGCAGUAAUUAACAGUUGCUGUCUAAGCAGAAUAUACCCAGCUGGUUCUAGAAUUCAAAGUAGUAACUAUCACCCUCAGGUUUUCUGGAACUGUGGCUGUCAAAUUGUGGCAUUGAAUUGGCAAUCAUGUAAAACAUACUCAUGGAGGUUUAACAGGGGUUUCUUUUAUGAUAAUGGAAUGUGCGGUUACCUUUUAAAACCCAGGCAUUUGAUUUCGAAUACUAAUUCAACUGAAACUUCUCAGGUACGAAUGCUAAGUUUGGAAAUUAUAUCUGCAUUUUGCCUCCCCAAACCAAAACGAUCAUCCAAAGGUGAGAUUAUUGAUCCACUUAUUUUGUGCUUUAUAGAGGGCCCUGGUAAUGCUUCUACCAAGAGAUAUACCAAGGCAAUUCGCAAUAAUGGAUUUCACCCAGUGUGGCAUGGUAAGGGAAUGAACAAUGAAUUUUCUUGGGAAAUACAAGAUUGGGAGUUAUCAACACUUGUUAUACAAGUUUAUGACGAAGAUAAGACGCGUAAUGAUUUUCUCGGUGAGUGUACAUUACCGUUGCGGGUUAUAAAAAAGGGUAUUCGGCGAGUACCUAUUCAUGACAUUAAAGGAGAAACACUUUUUGGAUCCUUUCUCAUGUGCUCUAUUAAUUAUGUAUAA